UAUCGCUGGCACUACAAUGGCGACAGCUAUAGCAGUUAAACAGAAUGUUGGAAAUUGGUCGAAAAUGUUUCCUAAUGAGCUAGGAGUCGAACUCCAAUCCCUGGUUUUUAUAAAAAAGCUGUUUGCGGUUGCAGUAUCUUAUGUUUUGUAUUUCAGGGAUAUUUUUCCUGAAUCCGCUUUUCAUGACAAACAACUGGAAGGAAUCGAGCUAAAGAUUUUGAAGGAAAGCUCUAUCUUACCUGCUUCUUCAAAAAUAGUUUAUUGGCUUAAGGGUUGUUUCGAUGCCAUCGACCGUCAUUUUCUUAAAUCAGCGACCAUUGCGCUUUAUUUGUCGGACAAAGAUUUACAUCCCAGCAAGAUUUGUGAAUAUAACAUCAUUGAGUCCUAUUGUUUCAGACUUUCUUAUGGCCAGGAGAAGCUAUCACUUGAUUUAAAAACUGAAAACAAAGGAGAACCCAGCACUAUAUGCGAGAUCUCAAACUGCCCUGAAAUCGAAGUACGGAAUGCUACUUUGAAUCUACUCAAAAAUAUUCGAACUGCUGGAGAAAGAUUAUCCAAGUUACCAUCGGAACUAAUGAUAACGAUGAAACUGCAGUAUUACGACGAAGUUACACCAGAGAGUUACGUUCCUCCUGGAUUCAAACAUGCAGAUAAUGUCAGUUUCAACUUUGAAGAAGAUAACAUUAAUAUACGGCUCGGUAAUGUGAAAACUCAUCAAAAUGCACAUACAGACUAGUCGACGAUUAUUAGCCGGAUCUGUAAAAUCUACUAAAUCAACACAAGAAGAUGAGAGCAUCCAUGAACUUUCGGUUAGUUUUAUCAUUUUACUCAGUAUUCGUAUUAUGAAUUAAACAAUUCAACGGGACUUUGCUUUAUUAACCAUAAAAUUAAGGUUUCUUUUUGUUAGAGACGUCCAAGUUUAGUUUAGAAUUUGAAGCUUGAUUGGAAACAAACUAUUAGGAGUAUUUUGCCGGCAUUUAGCUAUUAAAAUAAUUUAGGGAUUUGACAGUACAACUCAAGAUUUGAAUCGCAAGUGCUUAUGUGU